AUAAAAGCCAGUCAGCCGUGACAUUCACAAUAGAUUCCAGCGACCCGACUGGCCCAUUCUUCUCCAGGAACCAGGAUCAACCACUGUUGAAGCAUGAGCUCACACCAGCAGAAGCAGCCCUGCACCCCACCCCCUCAGGUUCAGCAGCACCAGGUGAAGCAGCCUUGCCAGCCUCCACCUCAGGAGCCAUGUGCCCCCAAAACCAAGGAGCCCUGCCACCCCAAGGCUCCUGAGCCCUGCCAACCCAAGGCACCUGAGCCCUGCCAGCCCAAGGCACCUGAACCCUGCCACCCCAAGGCUCCUGAGCCCUGCCAGCCCAAGGCACCUGAGCCCUGCCACCCCAAGGCUCCUGAGCCCUGCCACCCCAAGGCUCCUGAGCCCUGCCAACCCAAGGCACCUGAACCCUGCCACCCCAAGGCUCCUGAGCCCUGCCAGCCCAAGGCUCCUGAGCCCUGCCACCCCAAGGCUCCUGAGCCCUGCCCCUCAGCAGUCACUCCAGUACUAGCUCAGCAGAAGACCAAGCAGAAGUAAUGUGAUCCACCGCCACGCCACUGAGGAGCUGACCACCAGAUGCUGAAGCCCCCUUUCCCAUUCUGCUUAGGAGUCCCUUGUCCGUUGACCUGGCAACUAGCACACUA